UCUUAUAACUUUCACAUGUACCAUUGUUGUGUGUGUACUUUCGUCAUUUGCUGUUGUGUGUACGAGAGUGCGGGGGGUGUAUUGGUAGUAGGUAAGCAUUUCCUGAAUCCACCUUAUAUAUAGGAGUCCCUUGAAAAGACUCUUACCCAGUCCAAGUCGAACGAAGACAUGUAGUAAUGCUCCGUUGAGACAGUUUGACACACUUUGGAUUUCGCUUAAAGCUCUACUUUCGAUCGCUGAAAACUAUUACCGUCGAUUCAAUUGUCCAGAAAUGAAGGCGGCUGCCAUCAGAGCGAUUUCAGCCAUUUGCAUCAUCUUGGGAAUCUUCUCCAUCGUCAUUCAAGUAGCUGCAUUGCUUAUGCGAUCGUUUGUUCUUUACGAUGCAAUCUGCCACGGAAUCUGGGCUGGAAGUCUGUACAUCAUUAGUGGAAGUUUGGGCAUAAGUGCCUCCCGCAAUCGGACUAGAUCACUAUUAGUGGCGACACUGGUAAUGUCGAUUCUAUCCAUCGCCGCAUCCAUCGUCGCAGCGGCACUGUCUGGCAUCCCGACAUUAGUCGAAUUCCAUAAUUUCUGUAGCCUCAAUUCCAGAAGAAGAUGUUAUCCGACUAACCUGCUGAUUUUGCAAUGGGCCUUGAUGGCUGUCAGCCUCUUGGCGUUGUUGUGCGCCACCACCCUAACAAUUCUGGUAUCCAAGGCCGUACGUAACAACAAGCACACUAAUAUGGAAAAAGAUUCGAAAAGCGUGCCUUACAUCGACAUCGGGAGCGUCGUCAAAGCGCUGGAAAGUUUAUCCGGCGACGACGACAGCAGUACCAGCAGCACCGCCAUCAUCACGGAGAAGAAACCCAAACGACUGGCCGAGAUAUUUAAGAGCAAUCAUUGCGCCAAACAAAUCAAACAGGGUCAUCCCAACGUUUACCAGCUCAACGCCAAGGAAGUUUUGAGCAGCGACGACUUCCGGUGGUUCAACAUCGGCCGUGCGGACGCCGUUAUUUCGCCAUCCGACGACCACCGCGAUCACAAAGUCAUCAUCUUGAUGGGAUCGACCGGAAGUGGUAAGAGUACCCUCAUCGACGCAAUGGUCAACUACAUCCUGGGAGUCAAAUGGAAGGAUUCCUUCCGCUUCAAGUGCGUCCGCGAUGACAAUUCCAGCCACACCAUCAACGCCAGUCAAACGACUUCCGUGACGGCCUACACCAUCCGCCACCAGGAAGGGAUGACCGUUCCGUAUUCCAUCACGAUCAUCGACACCCCAGGAUACGGAGGAUCGAAAGGAGCCAAGAGGGACAAGGAGAUCACGCGCAACAUUCAACAAUUCCUGACGCAGAACAAGAACCGGAUCGACCAGAUUCACGCCGCCUGUUUUGUGGCCGCUUCCGGCGACAGCCGAUUGACGGCCACCCAGCGCUACGCCAUCGAUUCCGUCUACUCCGUUUUCGGCAAGGACGUCAAGGAGAACAUGAGACUGUUGGUGACGUUCGCCGACAACUCCCAGCCGCCCGUCGUCGACGCCUGUCUGGCCGCCAAUUUCCCCGUGACCUUCCCGUCGGCCGGAAUCAGCUACAGCAAAUUCAACAAUUCCGUCAUCUACGCCAACAACGAACAGCAUGGAGACGACGAGGAUGAAUUGUCGUUCGACGAGCGAUUUUGGAAGAUGAGCCAAGAGAAUUUCUACAAGUUUUUCACCAUGUUGGGCGGGAUGAACGGACGCGGGCGAAAAUCCGCCCCGGAAGUCUUCCAGAGCCGCCAAUUGCUGGAGCAUUCGCUGGAUGACAUGAAACGGGAGCUGGCCGACUGUUUGGUCAACAUUGAGAACAUGGAAAUGUUCCGGCGACAGAUGAGGGAAUACGGCCACAAGAUGGAUCAGUUCAACGACCAGGUGCAAAUCAGUUUGAUGAGAAGCCGGGCCGCCGAAGAACAGGCUCCCUGAAAUUUAUCUGGAUCUGAUUAGGAAUUUUAAAAUAAACUUGCAAAAAUACCGGCAGAC